AUGAGCUAUAAAAAGACAGCUUCGGCAGAUCGGGAUGCCUUGUUUGGUGGAGUGCCAGCCGCAACGGAAGGAGGGCGCGACAAGAAGAAAACCACGAAUCGUACCGCGCGUCUUUCCUCGUCGACUACCGAGACUGCACGGCCAAAACCUACCGCUGUUCCAACCAAUCAAGGUUAUAGACCCCAGCGCGGCACCGCCGGAGGGACUGGGAAAAAGUCGCAGCCCUCGCUGUCGGCGGAAACGCAGGCACAAAAACGAGCGGAAGCGGAGGACUACAAAGCAAAGGCCAACAAGUGCAUGCAGCGUUCGUUUUUCGGCAAACCCGAUCCGGUCGCCGCCAGCACCUUCUUCAAACGCGCGGCGGAUUGUUACCAAAUCUUACAGGAAACGCGGUUGGAGCAAUUGUACCGCGUCGAAUCGGCUGAGUGCAAUCGUAUCGUGCAGGCCUGGGCUUCGUGUGCUUCGGAUUACACGCGGGCUGCCGAGCUCAUGCUCGAACUCAUCGACACCACCGACAACGGUACGGAUGCUUCCCAAAAACGCCGAGAUGCGUCCAAAUUUCACAAGCAAGCUGCUGGGGCCUGGACAGAAAUGGGCGAGAAAUCCAAAGCUGCCGCUUCGCAAGUCCAAGCCGCCAUUGCUUUGAAUUUCGGAGAAGAGUCCACGGUUUUGUCCAAACAAGCUCUCCAGGGUAUGGAGGAAGCAAUUGAAGCGCACGUACCCGACGUUUUGAACCCGUACGGACGGUACCGCCAAACCGGCGUUUCUGCAUUUCUGGAUCCGGAGAAUGCGGACGAAACCGUUGAACAGGCCAGUGCAGAAACCUUACAAUUGGCCUCGUCACACAUGGUGACCCGCUCGUACGCCCACGAACCGUUGAACCAGCUCGUAGCCGUACUCGUCAAUGCCGGUGAGUACGCUUCGGCCCUGUACGCGGCUGGUGCCGUGACAGCGAUUUUGGAAAAGGAUGGCAUUAGCACGUUGAGUUUGAGUCGUGCGUACGCCGUCGAAACAGUCUUGACACUAGCCUUGGGCGAUCCCGUCAUGGCGGAACAAUCCUUCUUGUCCCGUCACGUUCAGUCCACGCCGUACUUGGCCUCACGUGAAUGCAAGCUGGCCGAAGACUUGUUCCGGGCCGUCAAAACACGCGAUCUGGAUGCCUUGGAGGAGGCCCGCGCGGUUACCGGUAGCAAUCGGGCCGCCCUGGCCAAUCUGGAUCCGGCCGUUAGGGAAUUGGUGCCCCUUCUGCGCUUGACCGGUGUCGCGCGAAAGAAUGUGGCUAGCAAUGCCAUCCCCGUGGCAUCGACCUCUGCGAACAGCCGGCGUGGCGGGAAGAAUGAACCGGAUCGGUUGCAGAAAAAUGAGAUACCGGAGGCGACGACGGAACCGGCAACCUUACAAGAACUGAGUAAAAUGAAGACUGGAUACGAAAAGGAGGUCGCCGAAGGAGCACAUUUGGAUGGGAAUGCGUUGGCUAACGAAUUGGAUGAUUUGGAUUUUGGUGCUUUGGAUAGUGAUCACGAGGAUGACGGUGAUGGCUUGGGAGGGGUGGGCGAUGAUUCCGACUUGGAGGAUGACGAUGACGUUGACUUGCGAUAG